CAAUAACCUGAGCGCCUGCAUGUAAUUUCGAGCCACCCUCUUCGGCUUCUUCAUCUCGUGCGAACCCCCCUGGUGCUCUUCUUUGCUGUUCUUCACCCACUCCUCCUCCUCCCCCCGUCGACUUGCGCAUCGUCAUUUUCGUCGUCUCUCCUUUCUUCAUUGGCCUGCAUGUUCUCUCGCACCGCCAUCCUACACUAAUCCAACGCGUCCUUGGCUGUCGCAACCUGCCCGUCCAGAUCAGCGCUAGUCUCACCGCCGUGGACUACCACCCCCUCGCGUACCCAGUGCCAGUCCCGCUCGCCGAACGAGAGCCAAUUCCCAUACCGUCGGCCGCCCCUUUGUCAGACCAACCGGCCGGACGAGAAAUACAGAGCGUGUUCUCGCCUGCGCCCUGCACAAGCUUGUCGGCGCCUCCGCCGCAUCGGACACGCGAAGAGAUCUGCGACCAUUCGAGGUCGGCAUUCCCGUUUCGCCUCUGCGCGCGCGCUCGCUCGCUUGUACUUGUUGUACAUGUGGUAGCGUGACAUUCUGGGGUGCGUCGAAAGUGCGUGGCCGCCUUGUACGAUACAGGAAAGAGAAUUGCCAUAUGACGGGCUCGUUCUACACAUGCAGGCCACCACCAAGGCGCAAGCCCAGCAUGCCCAGAGAACGAAGCUCACCAACUCGUACCAGGAGCUGCUGGACGAGUUCGGUGACAAGGACUUGAGGACGGUGGGGAAUUACCAGCUGGGACGCCUCAUAGGCAAAGGCAGUUUUGGGAAAGUCUACCUGGCUACCCACAAGCUGACCAAUGGCUCCAAGGUGGUGCUCAAGAGCGCGAAGAAGGACGAUGCGAAUCUAGCGCGCGAGAUACACCAUCACCGCCAGUUCAUACACCCGCACAUCGCUCGCCUGUACGAAGUCAUCGUGACCGAAACGAUGGUCUGGCUGGUUCUCGAGUACUGCCCAGGUGACGAGCUGUAUAACCACCUCCUGAAAACAGGGCCUAUGGAGCCUGCCAAAGUCCAGAAGAUCUUCACCCAGCUCAUCGGCGCGGUCUCGUACGUGCACCAGAAGUCCUGUGUGCACCGAGACCUCAAGCUUGAGAACAUUCUAUUGGACAAGCAUGAGAAUGUCAAACUGGUCGACUUUGGCUUCACGCGCGAGUACGAGGGUAAGUCGUCAUAUCUGCAGACGUGGUGUGGUACCGUGUGCUACAGUGCCCCAGAGAUGCUCAAGGGAGAGAAGUACGCAGGCGAGAAGGUUGAUGUGUGGAGCCUCGGCAUCAUCCUGUACGCAUUGCUGUGUGGCGAGCUGCCCUUCGAUGAGGACGACGAGGAGGUCACCAAGAGCAAGAUCUUGCGCGAGGAGCCAACGUAUCCAGAUCACAUCCCCGCCCAGGCCAAGGAUCUGAUCAGUCAACUGCUGUCCAAGCGACCCCUGUUGCGACCGACACUAGCGGACAUCCUACAGAAUCCAUGGUUGGCGGAGCAUGCGCCGCGACAGCAGGAAAUCUUGAAGCUUCAGCAGCCGGCGCCGUUCACAACCGAUCUGGAGAAGGAAACACUUCAGCGAAUGCGCGGGGCGGGCGUGGAUAUAGAUCUUGUGAUUGAGAAUGUGCUGUCGCAACGGUGCGAUUCUCUCGCCGGCUGGUGGGCGCUCCUCAUCGAAAAGGAGGAGCGCAAGGCCAAGAGACGAGAGCGGAGGCGGAAGGAGAAGGAGGCGGAAGCAAAAAGCUUGCGAAGAUUGAGCGCGGCAAGCAGCAGGCUGGACAGGAUUGCACCAACCAUCAGGGAACUGGAUGAAGAGCAUCUCGGCGUUCCCGUAUUGAGCGAUCCGCCCAAGAGUCGGGGCAGAAGUGUAAAGAGAUCAAGUUCCACCGCUCCCGCGCCGGAUCUUCCCAGACUGGCGGAGAAUUCGACCACGAACUUGAACGAGCCACCCACGCCGAUUGACAAAGACUCCGUCCGAUCACUUAGCCGGUCGCGUCCACCGCCUCCGCCGAAAGAGCGGCGGGAAAGCAGCACGUCUCAGCUCCAGGUUGCCGUCAAGACCAACGGUGCCGGCCAAGAACCGCGCCGACGAAUUCGUUUCCCGCACAACCCGAUCCUCAGCCAGCUUGCCUCGCUCAAACACUGGUUCAAAGAGUCUGCCAAGCGGGCCAAAUCGCCUCAUUCAAAAGCGCAUCCUCCGUUACCAGAGAAAGUCCCCGCCGUCAGACCUCGACCGAACGUGCGGCGGUACUCCGCGGCUAGCACGGCCUCGUAUCGGUACUCAAACUCACACGCCCGCAUCGAAGGGGCUCACGUCCGUGCAAGUUCGGCCCAUCGAACUCUCCCAUCUACAAACGGCGCCGGAACGACGCCGUCGGCAAAACGCACGUCUUUAUCUCCUUCGCCCUUAACUCCACACUCCUCUUACCGCCGAAGCGUCUCCGGACUUCGCGGCCGCAAAUCCACCAGCUCAUCUCUCUCGUCCGUUCGCUCGAUACACCACGUACAUACGCACUCCAAGGCCUCGUCUACGUCUUCGACAAACGCUUCGCUCGCUUCCCCGACAACUCCACACUCGACCAAGGGUGUGCGCUCUCCACAGUCCUCUGUCAAGGUCCUGCCGGCCACGCCUCCUUCUGGGCCCUUGCCCUCUGGACUCCGUGUCGCUCGUGGUCUGGACGCACUGCGCCUUUCCGAAGGCGGUGCCGCGUUCUCCGCACUCCCGCCACCCAGCCCCGGGCUUCCCAUCUUCGCGAAGAGAAAGCGUAGUGUGUUCAAGGGUCCCAUGCUUACUCUCGGUCAUUCGACCGGUCGACGGGAGACUGGCAGCAGGAGCGGGAGCGUGCAGGGAAGGACGAGCGGUGAAAUCAUCGAGGAAGAGGAUGAGAACGAGGGCGCGGUGGAAGAGGAGGUGGAGGAGGUGGAAGAGUUCAGCCCGGUCAAGUUUGGAGAGGUCGUUCUGGAGGAGGAAGGACCGCCUGUUAAGGUGGAUUGACCUGAUGCCACCGGUGCUCCCAUCUCAUUUUUACUCUCCGCGCUUCUUUUUCCUGCUUCAUGCUCGUUUUCCGAGGCAGGACGACUUACGGGAGGGGGACGCGAAAAAAGCGAGUUAUCCCUUUUUUUCAUGACUGACGACCAAAUCUCACGAUUGAGGCGAAACCUUUUUAGACUUGGGACUCUUUUGGAGGGCAAACCGGGAUUCCAUUGUCGUGUUCUUUCGCGUCUCGACUCUUUGCUGCGGCUUUUCUUUUGAUCACUUUCUGGACCAUUGGACCGCGGCGAGUGCGGUCUUGUUGGUACUCCCCUUCCCCAGGGUUUGCCCUCCAUUUCUUUUAGAAGGUCAGAAUGCUGGCGCGCGUGCCUUGGUUGGAAACGAGAGAUGGUCUUGCUAUAUUUUUUUUAUUUGUUUUUUUCUUACUCUUCUUGGAUGCAGGAUAUACAUGCACUUCCUCUGUGGCAUACGUGCCGCGAUUUUUGGGCCGCCACUAAUCGUUGAUACCCAGCGCUUGGCUUUCUUUAUUUUUAUUAUUUUUUUGAAAAAAAAAAUUUACUUCGCCUGCAUCUCA